UCUCCUUUGAGGCCAAAAUGGGAAAGGCCACUAGACAUGCACUAUCUACAGCAGUGUUUCCCAACCAGUGUGCCUCCAGCUGUUGCAAAACUACAAUUCCCAGUAUACCAGGACAGCCUCAUGCUGUUGUAGUUUUGCAACAGCUGGAGUCACACUGGUUGGGAAACACUGGUCUACAUUAUAUGCCCAGAUCAUUCCUGACAUACAUUGAUAUUCUGCAGUGAUCAGACACGGCACUCCUACAAUCCUAAUGACCGCACACUAACCACACUAUCACAUCCUCCUAUCCCACGUGCGCCCCAUCCAGGAUCUACCCAUUAACCCCUCCAUGAUCAGCGCCGCGAUCACCAUACUGCACCCACCCAAUGUCCGCACUGAGCAGCGGGUUCCCGUCCCUCCACAUUAACCCCACCAGAUGAUCCUCACACACAAAACACCGUCCAGGUCCGGGAACUCAACCGGAAGUCAGCGGAAGGUCACAUGACCGCACAUUACCACACGUGACACAUACGUCAUCACAAUAACAAGCGCUGCGCCUUAUCAGACUCAGAGCGCUUACUAUGGUCAGACUCUCCCAACAGGAUCAUCUGCAUUUCUAAGUAUGGAGAAGAAUUAUGUGACUGAAAGGCUACUAAAUCUUACCUUGGAGAUUAUCUACCUACUGACUGGGAAGGAUUAUGUACCUCUAAAGAAGCCUGAGGAUCAAGAACCCAUCGCAGUGACUUCAUCGCACUUGUUAAUACAUGAGAAGAAGAUCCUCAAACUCACUAACAAGAUCAUUGAGUUGCUGACUGGAGAGGUUCCUAUAAGGUGUCAGGAUAUCACUGUAUGUUUCUCUAUGGAAGAAUGGGACUACAUAGAAGGACACAAGGAUCUGUACAAAGACAUUAUGGAGAGUGGGCAAACCCUAAGAUCACCUGAAGAGCCUAGGAAGAGGAAUACUUCAGAAAGAUGUCCUAGUUCUCUUUAUGACGAAAAUACAAAAAUGGAGAAUCAGAAUGGCUCACAGGAUUACAAGGUCAAUGAAACAUUGGAAGGUGAUCUGAAUAUUGUAUUGAUGGAUAUUGAUCCAGAGAAUGAAUAUGAAUUGUUAGAUGUGAAAGUUAAAGCAGAGGAAAUACCUAUUGUUAUCAGCCCAGGCGAAGACAACAGUGGGAGUAGAAUGAAUGAUCUUACAAUUCCACCCUGUGAAACAGAAGAUGUAAUACAAGAAUCUGCAAAUGCCAAUAGACCAUAUAUAGGUUCACCAUCAACCAAUGUAUCCUCUGAUUCAUCCAAAGAUAGAGGACAUGUUCCUGAGGUUGUUACAUUUAAAGUAGGCUACAGGAGUGACAACAGGUAUGCCUGUUCUGAAUGUGGCAAAUGUUUUACCAAAAAAGACAAAUUUGUCAUUCACAUGAGAGUCCACACCGGGGAGAAGCCAUAUUCGUGUCCCGAGUGUGGAAAACGCUUUACACAAAAAGCCAACUUAAUGGCUCACCAGAAGACUCACACAGGCGAAAGGCCAUUUUCCUGCACAGAGUGUGGCAAAGACUUUACAUGUAAAUCAACACUUGUUAAACACUGGAGAAUCCAUACAGGCGAGAAGCCUUUCUCAUGUUCUGAUUGUGGAAAAUGCUUUACCUACAAAUCCCAUCUUUUGGAACACCAAAGAAUUCACACAGGUGAGAAGCCUUUUACUUGCUUGGAGUGUGGCAAGUCUUUUAGACACAAGUCUCAUGUUAUUGGCCACCAGCGGGUCCACACAGGAGAGAAGCCCUUCACUUGCCCAAAGUGUGGUAAAUGUUUCACACAGGAAUCAAGUCUGGUCUAUCAUCAGAGAAUCCACACAGGAGAGAAGCCAUUUGGCUGCCCUGAAUGUGGAAAGUGCUUCACCUAUAAGUCUACUCUUGUGAAACAUCUGGUAAUCCAUUCUGGAGAAAAGCCCUAUGCUUGCUUACACUGUGAUAAGAGUUUUACUCAGAAAUCCAUACUAAAUGAGCAUCAGAAAAAUCACACAGGAGAGCGGCCUUUUGUGUGCUCCUUGUGUGGACGGACAUUUACCCGCAAGUCUAAUAUGUUGAAACAUCAGAUCACGCAUACGGGAGAGAGACCAUACACCUGUACACUAUGUGGGAAUAGCUUCACACAGAAGGCCAGUCUUGUCAAACACCAGAAACUUCACUUAACACAGGACUCCAAAUUACAAACUUAGUUGAGAAAACUUUUUUUUAUCUCAAGUUGCUAGAAAGAUGCUACUGUGUGAAUUGCCUUAGGGGAAUUAAGACAUACGGACACAGGAUAUUUAUUUUUAAGUAUUUCUGCCUUAAUUGUAGCUUGAGGACGUAGACGUAUACCUGGCAGGAGACUGAGUUUGGUGAUCAUUUACAGAAAUGACCCCAUUAUUAGGAUUAUGAGUUUAGUGGAACUAUACUUUUUUUUUUUGUUAUUUUUGUUAAAGAGGUAUUCCAGGAUUUAUUUUUAUUUGACUAUGCUACACGGGCUGUAAAGUUAGUGUAGUUCAUAAUAUAGUGUCUGUACCUGUGUGUGAUGGUUUUCUCACAAUUCUUCUGUGAUUUUUCACCCCAAUAUUUAUUUUUACCAGCAUACAAAAUGACUGUUGUCUCAGAUUUUUCCCAGCUUGCAAUGUGGCCGAGACCUGACUCACUAGUCAGCUGAUGACAGGGAGCCUGUCUGCUUCAAUGGGUGGAGGGAUCAAUCUGCAACUAAUGCAACAGCUGCAGGCACCCCGAUUGAAAACCACAGGUCUUUUGAAUGGAUGCAGCUCAUUUAUGUUUCAAUGGGUGGGGUGGCUGAUGUGUGGGAGGAAGGAAAAUGGAAUUGUGGGAUUUGUAGUCAAAAAAAGAAAAGUCAAACAGGAAAUACCAGUUCACAAAAAGCUAGCCACAGUGUUAUGGUAAACUCACAACAUAGCCAUUUAGCCCCAAGACAAGCGUAGAUCCUUCCUAAGCAUGCCCAUUACUGCCUGCCAGGUAUGUACUAAAAUCACCUUAUGGUGGAGAACCCCUUUAAUGUAAAUUUACUUACAUUUAUUUCUUAGAGUAGUACCACUAAUCUAUAUAAUACAUAUACGUGCUCUGUUCAACUCCAAAGCUGCGUCCAGACACGAGCUGGUUUAUUUCACCAACAUAAGGGUAACUUCAAUCACUAUAGACAAAUUCUUUCAGUGACCCCCUUCCUACCAAAGUAAGGAUGAGUAUUGUUCUCUUAUUAUUUCAGUGUGGGAGAAAUACAUUAUAACACAUUUUCUAAUUAAAUCAAGUAUUAUAUAAAUACACUGUAUCCAGUAAAAAGAAAGCUGCUCUAUGUAUCUGCUGUACCCUCUGAGUAAUUGGCAGGGACACUCAGUGGUAGAGCCUGUCCCCUCUUUAAAGGAGUUAUCCAGUAUAAAAAAAUGUAUCCACUAUCCCCAAAGUAGGGGAUCCGACCUGGCUCUCUGCAUGAAUGACGCUGUAUCGACCACGGCACAAAGAGGUGACCGACAUGCUCCCUCCAUGUAUCUCUAUGGGAGAGCCAGAGAUAUAGCGUUCGUGUAUCUCCUGACGUGGAUGCCCACUGAUCAGAUAUUGAUGGUUUAUUCUAAGACUAAGCCAUCAAUAUAAAAGAAACCUCUUUAGGGUAGGGUCACACACAGCGCAUUUGAUGCUACGCAUGCUCUGUCGGCGGUCACAAAUUGACUGAAGGGCAAUCUUCCUGCUGCUGGGAAGAAAAUAACUGUGGCCGAAAAUAACUUAUCCUGUGGAUAGGGGAUAAGUGUUUGAUCGCGGGGAGUCCGACCGCUGGGACCCCCCACGAUCUCCUGCACGGGGCCACAGCUCUGCCGAGGCUCUCCCGUGCAGGGAGCGUGCUGGCCGCAGCGUGACGUUGCGGCCGACACUUCUCCAUGUAACUAUAUGGGAGAGGCAGGGAGGCAGCGUUCAUGCCUCCCCACCUCUCCCAUAGAACUGUAUGUGGAGGAGGGGAGGGGGCGUAACUGUCGACCUCUCUAGGUUGACGCUACGCGCAUUAGCGCUCUCACUGAGCACUAAUGCGGGGGCCCGUUCAGGAGAUCGCGGGAGUCCCAGUGGUCGGACCCAGUGCGAUCAAACACUUAUCCCCUAUCCUGUGGAUAGGGGAUAAGUGUUAUAAUGCUGCAGUUGUCCUUUAAGACUGAGCUAGCCAACCUGACAUGUAUAGCCAAGAUGUCUACAGACAAGUAAAAGCAGAAAAUUAUUGGUGCUCAAAGUAACAA